AUGAGCUCUAUCAAGGACUUGAUGAAAGGAUACGAACAAAAGGUAAGUCACACCCACAAGUAUAACACCAUGCUUACCUUGAAUCAAAAAGAGAAGGAUGAUUCCAAGAUUUCAUUUUCUCAACAACGAGUGAUGGAAGAUUGGAACAAACAAAAAACUGUCAAUCAAAAUCCAUACGAAAAGGGUUACGUUCCAUCCAUUACCACCUCUCAACACAAGAAUGAAAUGAAACGAGAAGUCGUGAGAGAUGUCAAAAACGGGGUACCAAUUUCUCCAAGUCAUAAAAGCAGCAGUAGUAGUGGAGGUAGCAACAACAGUAGUCCUCGUAGUGGAAGUAAUAGUCCAAGUAAUAGUAGUGGUAGUGGAGGAGGAGACAAGUAUGCCGAGUUGGAGAAAUUGGCAUCUUUACGGGAUAGAGGAAUCAUUACUCAAAAGGAAUUUGAUUUGAAGAAGAAACAACUUCUUGGAUUGUAA